GUAAAUCGAUCACCUGACCGUAAAUGUGACGACGUUCGAGCAGCGGAUACCCCACACCGUCAAAUAACUGUAAGAAGUUAUACCAUACCCACACCAUAUCGAUCAACAUAUCAACCUACGCGGGAUUUCAUUGGAAGCGUACAUUCCCUGGCCAGCUGAAGAAAACAGCUCGAUUUCCCCUUCUCUCUGUUCUCUAGUUUCUCUUUAUUCCUCACUUCUAGGGUUUAUUUGAAUUGGAACCAGAACCCCGAACUUGAACCUCUGAGGAAUGCGCCAGACGAAAACCUAGACCAAAAGGUAUGCUUAAUUUUCCCUAAUCUAAUCCUUGAAGCCCUUCUUCUCUGUUCUCUAUUCUCUCUUUUUACCUGUGAUUUCUCACUUCAAGGGUUUAUUUGAAUAGGAACUAAAACCCCCCAAAUAUUCUGGUUUUAGUUUAGGCAGUUUGUUAAUGGCUUAAAUAAUUCCUGCAGUUUGUUAUACUUACAGAUCACAAAUCUAUACAUUUCUCCCCAUAAUGUCCCGUUGAUUUGCAAAACUUCUUUUGAUUUCAUGGGUUUUUUGAAGGUAUUCUUCAGCCCUUUUAAUGGCAGCAUUGAGCAUCAACAUCGAGUGAUUCGGGCCUUCGAAAUUUUCGCUUUGUUGACUGUGGAUUAGCCUCAGGUUCUCGUAUCUCAGAAAGCUUUCUUCUCUUUACAUUUGAAGAAGCUGAAAAAUUGACCUUUACUCCGUAAAAGUAACAACUCAAGUUCUGCUAAUAUAGAAUGGGAAUCACUGAACAGGACAUGGUGGUUUUUCACUCGUUUUUUAAAAACCUGGGUAGAUGAUCUCCUAUGGUGGGGCAGUUCGUUGGAUGAUAUGACAAGAACCGAAUUUUCUGAUCUUACACAAUAAAGUUUCUUAGUAAAAUGAGAGAUAUAUGUCAAGUAUCUGAUUGUUUUAAUGACCGAUCUUGUCUAGAAUAUUAAUACUAGAACUGAUAAUUGUUGCAGAUAUUUUGAGUUCAUAAGCAAUGGGUAGGAGUUUGAUAGAAUUAUAAUUGGGGGAUUAGCCUCUCAUCAUCCAGCACAGUUAACAAGGUUCUGGGACUGAUGGAUCUACCUUUUUGCCAUAUCGUCCUUCACAUGACCUGGGUAGCUACUCCUGCAAGAAUUAGAUAUUUGUAGACUUCUCAUUUUUAUAAUCACCACAAUAGCAUGGUGCUAUUCAACUCUUCUUCUGUAAGUAGUUUUAGCAGUCUUAUGAAAAGUGGAGGAAAACAAAGAAGGUGGCCUCUUUCACCCCACAAAGGUAAAUGGCAGCAAAAGUUUAAUGAGCAGCAAGCAAUGGAAACCCUUAUGAGAGAGGCAGAAAUUUUUGAGAAACAACGACAAAACCCUGACAAGCCUCAUCUCCUCUCUGCCCUCAUCAACACCUUCAACAUCCAUGAAUGUGAACCCACCCCUUAUGCAUACUCUUUCAUAAUCAAAACCUUAGCCAAAAAUUUCUGGUUUGAUCAACUCCCUCCAGUCCUGGACCAUCUUGAGGAAGUUGAAAGGUUUGAGCCACCGGAAUUUUUUUUUGUUGAUCUUAUCCGAAUCUAUGGGAAUGCAAAUAUGUUUCAGGAUGCUAUUGAUGUCUUCUUCAGAAUUCCAAAAUUCAGGUGCACCCCCACUGUUCACUCCCUGAAUGCAUUACUUUCAGUUCUCUGUAAGAAAAGUGCUGGUCUUCAAAUGGUUCACCAAAUUCUAUUGAAGAGUCAUGCCAUAAAUAUUCGGCUUGAGGAGUCGAGCUUUCAUAUACUGAUUGCUACUCUUUGUAAGAUAAAAAGGAUUGGUUAUGCUAUUGAGCUAUUGAAUUAUAUGCCUCAUUGUGGGUACAAUGCUGAUGUGACAUUGUAUUCUUUGAUUCUCUCAUCAAUGUGUGAACAGGGGGAGUUCUCGUCAGCUGAGGUUAUGGAUUUCCUGGGUGAAAUGCAGAAUACAGGAUUCACUCCGAAUGCAGAUGGGAUUAUCUCUGCUGGGCAUUUUCAGAAGGCAGAUGAUUUGUUUGAUGAAAUUCUUGUGAUGGGUUUAGUUCCUGACAUUUAUUCUUUCAAUGUCUAUAUAAAUGGUUUAUGUAAGCAGAAUAACGUAGAAGCUGGAUUUAAGAUGGUUAGUUUAAUGGAGCAGUUUGGGUGCAAACCGGAUGUGGUUACUUAUAACACGCUCACGGGGAUGGUUUGUAAGAUUGGGCAGGUGAGGAGAGCACAGGAUCUGGUGAAGGAAAUGGGUUUGAAGGGUGUCCAAGGGAAUUUGCAUACAUAUAGGAUUCUGAUCGAUGGCUUAGUUUCUAAAGGUGAGGUGAUGGAAGCUUUGGUGGUGUUGGAGGAGAUGUUGAGUCGGGGUUUUAUUCCUCGGUCUCAGACUUUUGAUGAGAUUAUCUGUGGGUUGUGUGAGAAAGGUCUUGUUUGUGAGGCUCUCAAACUGCUAGAACAAAUGGCUACUAGUGAUGCUACUCCUGGGACUAGGGUUUGGGAGGCAUUACUUCUAAGUUUGGGAUUUAAAUCCAGUCUUCUUGAGACCACUUCAACUAUUUUGGAGGAUCUAAUAUGGAAUUCCCCUGGUUAGGUUACUAUGGAUGUAACUUCAGUUCUAAACUCAGGUAUCUUGUUGCAUCUCUGAUCCUCGAGAGAUCUCACGCUAUCUUUGGUCCUAUAUAUGAAAUGGGACCUGAGAUUUUCCAUUGCCUGGACCUGGAGUGCCUAAUUUGGAAGUUGCCCCGCUGGAAUUUAAAAAUGGAACUUCAUUUGAAACAUUUGACUGGCCCUUGCAUCUAUGAUCUUUGUUUGUUUCAACAACUGAGACAUUAUUUGAUUGUUGAUGCCCUGGGGGGGCCGUACAGGUUGUGUUUCACAUCAAAAUCAUUGUAUGAAAAUGUCUCAUUUGUAAAUUUCCUUACAUAGUAAUUAAUUUUAUAUUCUGUAAAACAAGAGAAAAACACAUUUUAAUUAAUUUUAUAUUCUGUAAAACAAGAGAAAAACACAUUUUCCA